AUGUUAGGCCGCAUUUUCCUUGUCCUUGCAGUGCUUCUGGUCCUUCAUGCUGCCUUCUCAUCGUAUGAAUACCUAUCGCACUUGAAGAACUCAGGACGACUGGAGGGAUCACUACCAUUCGAUAUCAUGCUAGAGGCGUACGCUGCGCUGUUCGUUGGAAUACUUGGUGCUUCACUCAGUGCACCUACUUUGAAACAAAUCACCUGGGCUAGUGAGAUGCAAACCCGUUCAAUCGACGAGAUGGACGCGCGAGCAGGAUUCGCAAAUUAUCUCAACCGAGGAAAGUCAAUAUUCAAAGUAUCUCAAUAG